AUGUCUCUUUUCAAAACAUUCUUCUUCACGGCUCUUCUUGCGGCGGCGUUUUCAGUCUCCGCCGCUGAUUUCAACACCGACGUCGACGUAGCUUGGGGAGCCGGCCGUGGAAAGAUUCUCAACAACGGCCAACUUCUUACUCUCUCCUUAGACAAAUCCUCUGGCUCUGGUUUUCAAUCCAAAUCAGAGUAUUUGUUCGGUAAAAUCGAUAUGCAGAUCAAACUUGUUCCCGGUAACUCAGCAGGAACUGUCACAACUUUCUACCUGAAAUCGCCAGGAACGACUUGGGAUGAGAUUGAUUUCGAGUUCUUGGGUAAUCUUAGUGGAGAUCCAUAUACUUUACACACUAAUGUUUACACUCAAGGUAAAGGUGACAAAGAGCAACAGUUCCAUCUCUGGUUCGACCCAUCUGCGAAUUUCCACACUUACUCAAUCCUCUGGAACCCUCAAAGAAUCAUAUUCACUGUUGAUAAUACACCGAUUAGAGAGUUUAAGAACUCUGAAUCGAUCGGUGUUUUGUUUCCAAAGAGCAAGCCAAUGAGGAUGUACGCAAGUUUAUGGAACGCAGACGAUUGGGCAACUAGAGGAGGUCUAGUUAAAACAGAUUGGUCCAAAGCUCCAUUCAUGGCUUCUUACAGGAACAUUAAGAUCGAUAGCUCGAGACCAAACUCGAAUUGGUACACUCAAGAAAUGGAUUCAACAAGCCAAGCUAGGCUCAGAUGGGUUCAGAAGAAUUACAUGAUCUACAAUUACUGUACGGACAGUAAGAGGUUUCCACAGGGAACACCUCGGGAAUGUGCAACAAGCUCGUAG